UAAACAAUGACAACUAAAUUCUUUCUGCUGUCGUUCUCGCUCUUGAUCACCGCAGCUGCUGGAGCCGGCGGCCGAUGGCAGGUAUUGCAGAAAAGUAUUGGGGUUUCAGCCAUGCACAUGCAGCUGCUGCGCAACGACCGAGUCAUCAUGUUCGACCGAACGAAUUUCGGAAAAUCAAAUUUGUCGCUGCCGAGGGGAAUCUGCCGGAGGAACCCGAAUGACACUGCGUUGAAGGUCGACUGUACCGCACAUUCGGUCGAGUACGACGUCGCGAGUAACUCUUUCCGACCGCUCAUGCUGUUUACCGACUCCUGGUGCUCCUCUGGGUCAGUCAGCCCCAACGGCAGUCUCGUUCAGACUGGAGGGUGGAAGGAUGGCCAGAUAAGGGUGAGACUGUUUGAGCCAUGCAGCACUUGUGAUUGGGUGGAGAUUGAGAGUGCGCUGACCCACCCAAGGUGGUAUGCCACAAAUCACAUCCUGCCAGAUGGCAGGAUUAUAAUCGUUGGCGGACGCGCGCAACCAAACUUUGAAUUUUUUCCGAAGAUCAAGGAGGGGGAAGGCUCCAUCACUGUGCCUUUCCUUGACGAAACGAAGGACGCCGUAGAGGACAAUCUGUACCCUUUUGUUUUCCUCAACGUUGAUGGCAAUUUAUUCAUAUAUGCCAACAAUCGAGCAAUUCUUCUGAACUACGUUACCGGAGAAACUGUGAAGACUUAUCCCACAAUACCGGGUGGCGAUCCGAGAUCAUACCCGAGCACCGGUUCAGCGGUCUUGCUCCCUUUGAAGGUUCAAAACGGUACUGCAGAGGAGGCGCAAGUUCUUGUCUGCGGCGGAGCUCCGUUAGGGUCUUACAAUAAGGCUCUCAACAAAGGGAUUUUCUUGGAUGCCUUGAACACUUGCGCUCGGAUGACCAUAACAGAUCCCAAUCCUCGGUGGACUUUGGAGACCAUGCCUGGCCCUCGAGUCAUGGCGGACAUGACUUUGUUGCCUGACGGAAAUGUUCUCAUAAUCAAUGGGGCAUCGCAAGGCUCAGCAGGCUGGGACUUGGGCCGAGGGCCGGUUUUAAACCCGGUUCUUUACAAAACGGAAAAUCCCGCCGGUUCUCGCUUUGAGACCAUGAAUCCAACGUCCAUCCCACGCAUGUACCACUCAACCGCUGCUCUCUUACGUGACGGUCGCGUGUUGGUCGGUGGGAGCAAUCCACACAAAGGAUAUGAGUUUUCCUCCGUGCUCUUCCCAACGGAACUUUCCGUGGAAGCAUUUUAUCCAGAAUAUCUCAAUCCUGAAUUCUCCGAUGUUCGUCCCACCGUCCGUGCACCCAAAUCCCAACAAGUUGUUGGCUACGGGCAAAAGGUGCAGAUUGAAUUUUCUAUAUCUGGGAAACUAGCGGCGCAGUCCUUGUUCGCAUCGAUGAUUUGUCCAUCGUUUUCAACCCACUCGUUCUCCAUGAACCAACGCUCACUACUUCUCCCCAUCGACAAUGUCGUAUCAGCUCGUAAUCUGACAUUUCAAGCGCAGCUCACCAUGCCAAGUGAUCCUAACCUGGCUCCCUCGUCGUAUUAUCUGCUCUUUGUUGUUCAUCAAUACAUACCUAGUGAGGCCACAUGGAUCCGCAUUGCGUAAUCACCAU